CUUAGUGGCAUUAGCUACUGGGCUUGGAAAAACAUUCAUCGCUGCCGUUGUAAUGUAUAAUUAUUUUAGGUGGUUUCCAGAAGGUACUGCAUCACUUUUUAGCAUUUUUGUCAUUGCAUGUGAUUAAGUGUUCUUGAUGGUAUUUUUUUCUUUCUGGAAAAUGGCAUAAAGAAAUAAGUUAAAGUGAACUGCUUGGAACUAUAUCAAUAUGCUUAUGGCAAUCCUAUCUAAACACUGCAAAAGCUGAAUAUAGAUAAGAUCUCAUUACUCUCAGUAAGGUCCAACUAAGCUGAAAAUAAUGUUGUCUUGAUAAGGUCUUAAUUUCUUGUAAUGAAUUAUAUACAUAUUUACUGAAGUAGAGUUAUUUAUUGGAGCAAAUAUUCCUUAUUUUGUCAAUAUAGAUGAGCUCUUUAUGCCGGAAGUUAUGGGCAUCACAUACAAAUUCAGAGUUUCUAUUAUUUGCAUUGCUUUGGAUUCAAACCUACAUGUACCUUACACAAUGACUUCAUUAGUUUGCAUGAAUUGUGAAAGGCUUUUUUUUUGAAAUUUAUGUUUUUAUUCUAGCAGUUUCUAUCCAAAAGGAACAACUGUACCAAAAAUAUAGUAUUUACUCUGUAUAUGUGACAUCAUGGCAGGAAAAAUAGUUUUUGCAGCUCCUUCUAAGCCCCUAGUUUUGCAACAGAUUGAAGCAUGCCAUAACAUUGUAGAUAUACCACAGGAGUGUGCGAUUGAUCUUACUGGUCAAACAAGUCCUAUUAGAAGAGCUAGCUUUUGGAAAGAAAAAACUAGUUUUCUUUGUCACUCCACAAGUGCUGGAGAGGGACAUCCUUUCUGGUUAAUUUUACUUUCUGAUUUGUUUUCCUUUUAACAAUAGAUUCAUGAUAGUAUAUAGUUGCAAUUAAGUGAAUCAAAAUUUGUGUUAGUCUUAGAAUACCCUCAAUGGCAGGAAUACUGUAUUAGCGUCUUUUGUUUAUACCGUUCUCUUUAAGAUGGGAUGAUGGAUAAGGAAUGACAUAAGAACCUUCCUAUUGGGAAUUUUUUGCGAGCUUUCCCCCCUUUUCACCUCUUUUUUGUAUUUAUAUUUUGUACACUCUUUCAAGUUUCAAGAAUGUAAGAAUCUCUAAAUUUUGGGGUCUUAUGAUCCGAGAUGGAAGUAUGUUUCAAGGGUCACAAAAACAAAUGGCAUGACACUAUUUGCCUAAUUUGUAACAAAAUCCAUGAAGUCUAUACCUUGAUUCUUUGUUGCUUUCAAAGGUUUUCGUAUGUUUUUCAACAUCUUAUAUGUACUAUUACUCUUUUAGAGAUGCUAUGCUACUUAUGCCUCAAUGUGCGCAUUGUGUUCGUGAUGCACGUGCAUCAAUAGCGCAUCGCGCAUCGAGGCGCUAGAGCCCCUUUGUGCAUCGGUGCGCAUCGUGACUUAAAUAACUAUGGUGGAACAUCAAGGUAAGCUCGGUGUCAUAACAUCGAAUCUCCUAACCUAAAAAAGCACAAAAUUUUCUUCAGCUACUCUAAAUAUAUUUACGGAGUAUUUUUUUACUCGAAUUAUAUUUUAAUUACUCCUAUUCGUGAAAAUUGUUGAUGUUUCAGGUAAUUGCCAUUCGAGUCAAGAGAGGAAAAUUGGAUCUCAAUUAGUUCGGACAUGGUGCAAUUGGUUGAUUUGCUAAGAAUUUCAGAGUAAUUUUGUUCAUUUUCUUUAACCUCUUUUACACUUUGUCUCUGUGAAGUGUUGGAUUUGGUAGGAGUGUUUAUUAUAUUAAUAGUGAUAUUCAGAGUCUUGGCAUGGCGCCCAUCAUCAAGGGUUCAAUUAGCAAAAAAAAAGAGGAUUGUAUUCUAGUCUAAAAUCUAACGUGUAAGGCAAGUAGUUGCUGUAUGAUCAAGGUUCCAGCUCUUGCAACUGUGGGAUUCUUCUAACAUGCUGUUGAUUGACGAGGAGGUAGUAGUAUGUUUUAUUUGGGAUACUACUUUGAUGACCGACCAGCUCUCCGCAGAGGUGAAGUCUUGGACACCACCCCGUCGCACCUGAACCUCCUCGCACUUAGAUUCAUUUUUUGUCGCGCUGUGCUUACUCUAUUUUGCCUUCGUGAAGAAAGUGACCAAUAUUUGCCUGUCUGCAUCCCCGAGCUUCCUGAUUCGUUGUCUCCAGUCUCUGAAUAUGUACAACCAGCCAUCAGACGACUUGCCAAUCAUCUCAACGUUGCCAAUUCUUUUCAUCUUUACUGAUUCAGUUGUUGCCAAGGGUAAUUAGUGGGGCAUAAUUGGUGGAGCUAUGUAGUUGAAGUGAAAAUACUAACUACUUGCUCAGUACAAUGCAGAAAAUUUAUGUGGUCAUGAAAAACGUAGUCUCUUCAGUGGAUGUGCAGAAGUUUGGUUUUUUUUUUUUGUUUCUUCACCAUUUCUACAUUAGGCUUGCCGGAUAGCUUUCGCGCAGGAAAUCAUGGUUUAUUUUGCUUCCAGUUGUAAUAUCUUCUGUCCAGGUAAGUUAGUAGUGGUCUAGCGGUGUGUUAGCUGGAUGUGAUUGUAUGUUUUCAGUUCGCAGGAAAUUAGUCAUGAAUUGUUCAUACUUUCUGUACUAUAUUAUAUGAGGCAACUUGAACAUUUUUAUCUUUCCUCCCUUUUAUCUUUGGCGAAAAUAGUGUGGCCUUAAUUGCAGUAACUAUGUAAUAUAAUGACAGAUUUGAG